UUUUUACUCACUAUCAUCAUCAUAAAAAAAAAUUUCUUUUCCCAAAUCGUUACUUUUUAAGGCAAAAUAUGGCACCAACAAACGUUCCGCAUGCAUUUUUCGACAACGGCAACAGCAUCCCGAUGAUCGGUUUGGGAACUUGGGGCUCUCCUCCAGGCCAGGUGACGCAAGCCGUUCAGGAUGCCAUCGAUAUCGGCUACCGCCAUAUCGACUGUGCUCACGUGUAUCAAAACGAGCACGAAGUAGGCGAUGGAAUCGCGGCAAAGAUCCAGCAGGGCGUCAUCAAAAGGGAGGAUAUUUUUGUAACCAGUAAACUGUGGAACACUUUCCAUCGACCGGAUCUGGUCGAGGGUGCUCUGCGUGCCACGCUGAAGAAUCUCAAACUGACCUAUUUGGAUCUGUACUUGAUUCACUGGCCGGUGGCCUACAAGGAAGGCGAUGAACUUUUCCCCUUCGGUCCGGAUGGAAAAAUAUUCAUCUUUUCCGAUGCAGACUACGUGGAUACGUGGCAGGCGAUAGAAAAGCUGGUGGACGCUGGGCUGGUUAAAAACAUUGGCCUAUCGAAUUUCAACUCGAAGCAAAUUCGACGAGUGCUGGAUGUUGCCCGCAUUAAACCGGUCACCAACCAGAUCGAAAAUCAUCCUUAUCUAAACCAGUCUAAGCUGACGGCAUUUUGUGCUGAUAACAACAUCAUCGUUACCGCGUACAGCCCUCUGGGCUCACCCGCUAGGCCGUGGGUGAAAGAGGGUGACGUUGUUCUGUUGGAAGAUGAAAAAUUGAAAGCAAUUGCCAAGAAGUAUGGCAAGGAACCAGCGCAGGUGCUGAUUCGCUACCAGAUUCAGCUCGGUCAUGUGGUGAUUCCAAAAUCGGUUACCAAAUCACGGAUCGCUUCCAAUUUUGAUGUGUUUCGUUUCGAGCUGGACGCAGCCGAUAUGAAACAGUUGGCCGCCUUGGAGCGAAACGAACGUAUCUGUCCGGAGUUUGGAGCUUACGGUCAUCCCCAUCAUCCGUUCGAGAACGAUGAAUAGCGUCAUUGUUUCAUGAUUGGCUCGAAAAGGUUGAACGAAUUAGCGCGAUUACACUUGCAUGCUAAGAAAUUGUUAUGCGCAAUUGUCAUUUGUGUUGUUCGGUUUUCGUGAUUUGUUCAGUUCGAGAAAAAAUAUACAACUUUCAAAACAAUUAUCGACGUUACAGUUAGCAUCAUAAUUAUUACUGACAUGCUCAGAAACAAAAUCAGAGUUACACCACAUCAAUAUCGUACUCCUUGUACUAAAUUGGAAACGGCGCUCAAUA